GCCCACUCCAGCCCACCGUGAUGGAGGCAAAUGAUUCCUCUCAUGUGGAUUCUGAGUUCCGAUACACCCUCUUCCCAAUUUUUUACAGCAUCAUCUUUGUGUUGGGGGUCCUCGCCAACAGCUAUGUGCUGUGGGUCUUUGCCCGCCUGUACCCUUCCAAGAAAUUCAAUGAGAUAAAGAUCUUUAUGGUGAACCUCACCGUGGCUGACCUGCUCUUCCUGGUCACCCUGCCCCUGUGGAUCAUCUACUACUACAACGAGGGCAACUGGAUUCUUCCUGAAUUCCUGUGCAACCUGGCUGGCUGCUUCUUUUUCAUUAACACCUACUGCUCAGUGACCUUUUUGGCCAUCAUCACUUAUAACCGCUUCCAGGCUGUAACAAAGCCCAUCAAGACCAUUCAGGUCACCACCCGCAAGCGUGGCAUCCUUUUGUCCCUGAUCAUCUGGGUGGCCAUUGUGGCCGCCACAUCCUACUACCUCAUCCUGGACUCCACCAACACGGUGCCCAACAAGACGGGCUCAGGCAACAUCACACGCUGCUUUGAGCACUACAAGAAGGGCAGAAUCCCAGUCCUCAUCAUCCACGUCUUCCUCGUGUUCAGCUUCUUCCUCGUCUUCCUCAUCAUCCUCGUUUGCAACCUGGUCAUCAUCGUCACGCUGCUCACACAGCCGAUGCAGAUGCAGCGCAAUGCAGAGGUCAAGUGCCAGGCACUCUGGAUGGUCUGCACGGUCCUGGCUGUGUUCAUCAUCUGCUUUGUGCCCCACCACGUUGUACAGCUGCCCUGGACCCUGGCUGAGCUGGGCUUCCAGAACAGCAGCUCCCACCAGGCUAUUAACGAUGCACAUCAGGUCACUCUCUGCCUCCUUAGUACCAACUGUGUCUUAGACCCCAUCAUCUACUGUUUCCUCACCAAGAAGUUCCGUAAGCACCUAAUGGAGAAGUUCUACAGUAUGCGCAGCAGCCGGAAAUGCUCCCGGGCCACCAUGGAGACAGGCACCGAGGUGGUCAUGCCGCUCAAACAGGUCCCUGUCAAUUCCCUCAAGGAUUAGUCC